AUGAAGAAAAACGCAUCUGUUGAAGAGAAGUCAGCGAAAGUAGUCCCAAAGAGACUUACCAAAGACACGAAAACUGUCUCGUUCGACGUCUUCAGUUUGCAUAGCACAGAUUCAAAUACAUUUUCUCGGGUGGACAUCAUCGAAGAGCUGCUUUCAAGAGACAGUAAAUGCGCUUUCAACAACAAACUCGUCCCGAUGCUCAAGAUGAAAUGUCUCCACAACUUACACGCAGAGUUGGUGAAUAUUGAAAUCAACGAAGAGUACGAGCACCCGCGAGCGAAGCGAUUCCAAAUCGUUAAGAUGCUUCUUUCCGAUGAGAAACUUGUCAAGAAGAUCACAUUUUGCUCUACUCAAAUGGGUCGACACCAAACUCCAGCCUGGGACAAACAUUCAAUGUGGCAAAUGUACGACUUUUCGCUGGAGAAAUAUGAUUCAACACUCGUCAGCUUCAUCCGAUUCUUCCGUAACCACCACUCGCACAUUUAUGAAAUUGGCGAGGAUUUUCACCGCAAUCUACUUCGAUCUCGGCGAAUCGACGAUUCAAGAUUCUGCGAUUUGAUCGAGAAGAAGUUUCCAUCCUUAUUGAGCUUUUUGAUCACGCUGUAUUUGGCCGCUUGCGAUGAAAAAGACGAAAUGCGGAAGUUGUUUUCAAGCUAUUCUGAAAACGCUGAUCUACUUCUCUUCGAAGACUUGGAAAGCUUUCUAGCAGAUACUAUCAGAAAGCACUUUCCGAAUCUCCAGGGAAAAUUUGUUUUCCAGCUGGACAAGUUUUUACAAAAGAAAAUCAUAUUCGAUGGAAAUGGAAACUUUGUGACUCUGUGGUAA